AUGGCUCUAGUUAUGGAGGAUAAGGAAUCGAUUGAAAAACUUUCUCUGGCUGCUGAGCAUGGAAGUUCAGAACCAGAGAUGAAAAGUACUCGAGAGAAGUUGGCUGAAUUAAUGAAGAGCAACCUUAUACAAUACGGUAUCAUCUCCUUGGUUGUACUUGACAGCGUCAUCAUCCUACUCGAAUUUCUCAUCGACCUUGAAAUGAUACAUAUUCCAGAGAAUGAUGUCAAUGGAUUGCAUUCUCCGAUGUUCAACAGUAGUAUUAAUCACACAGCAGAGCAGUAUACAGAACUGCUAUCAACGUCUCAUCCUUUGAAAGCCCAUGAUUCUGAUGCUCACAUUGAGCACAGCUCCCACGCAGUCCAUCAUGAUAACCAUAUAGGAGAGGAUCAUAAUAUGACUGAUGUCAAUCACAAUCACACGUUGUUAGGUCAUGCUCACCACCAUACCAACAAGGAAUUUGCUGAACACGUACUUCAUUAUGCCAGUCUUACAAUACUAUCAAUAUUUGUCGUAGAGGUUGCAGCCAAAAUAUAUGCCGAAGGUACCCACUUACUAAAGCAUAAAGCAGAGGUAUUUGACGCCAUUGUUGUGUUGGUCUCCUUUACAUUGGAUAUAAUUUUCUCUUUCGUCAACGUAACUGAUGCAGCUAGGGACGCCGCUGGUCUCAUGGUUAUCCUCCGUCUAUGGCGAAUCACAAGGAUCAUCAACGGUGUGAUCAUAUCUGUUAAAAUGGACGCAGAUAAGAAAAUCGAAGAACAGAAAGCAGCGCGCAGCAGAGCAGAGGAAGAAGUAGAGAAGUUGAAAAACCAAGUGACAUCGUUAGAGGCAGAACUUGAAAGACUACAGGAGCAUCUAAGAUUGCUGGAGGAGGGCAAAUCAGGUCCGAAAUUAGACGAAAAUAUCAACGAGUGA